AUUGUCAGAUUUCAAGGGCAUGACUGUCAAGAAAUUUGGUAGAUACUGCUAUGCCAAAUUUAAUGGUCGCAUUUCUGGCCACUGAUACUAUUCUCAUUGGCUUAACUCAUUGAAGAGGAAAGAAAAUGAUUUAAUUUUGAUUAUUUUUUCAAAGGAAAUUCCAUUUCCAUUCUUGCCAUACUGACUGGCAUCAAGAACACUGCCCUUUUCUAGCAUCUUUAGAAGAUUUAUUAGAGAGAGAGAGAGAGAGAGAGAGAAAGAAAGAGAUUGUUUUUUGUCGCUAUUUGUGCCUGUUCUAAUCUUGUUGUGUUGCUAUAAUCUGAUGUAUAUAUAAUACUCUGCUUUUAUCAGUGGUUUCUUUUUUGUUAAUAUUAUCUUCUUUUUAAGUUUGAGUGGUUUCUGAUUCAAGCAUAGUAAAGUGGGUUGUUACUGGAUUUGAUGGUUAAUUUGCUGUUUGUUUUGUAUUAUAAAUCAAGCAAGAUUGCCUGCCUUGAUCUCUGUUUUUGCUCUGUUUCAACCUCAACUGGAACUUUCAUGGAUUUGGCUGCUUUCUAGCUUCUUGAUCUAAUUGAAAGAGAAGAGAAAAACAAACAAGGAAUUUCUUUCUUCUUGAAAUUUGAAGUCUUUAUCAAGAAACAGAGAAAGAAAAUGGAGUCGGAUCUUGAACACCACCAUCAUUUCUUUCAGGGUCAUCAGCAGAAUCACCACCAGAAACAAAUGAACUCUGGUUUACAGAGGUACCAAUCUGCACCGAGCUCAUACUUUUCUAGCUUCCAAGACAAAGAUUUCGUUGAUGAUUUCCUCAAUAGACCAACGAGCCCUGAGACUGAAAGAAUCUUCGCUAGAUUUUUGGCCAAUUCUGGCGGCAGCAGCACAGAUAACAUCUCAAAUCAAAACCUUGGAGCAGUAAUUAAGCAAGAAUCUCCUGUCAAAGAAGCAGUAACGCAAGUUAGCCAACAAGCGCAUAUUAUGGCUUCAAUGAAUGAUAGUGAUCAAACAAGAUUGCAUCGGCAUCAGCAACAGCAGCAGAGCAAUUAUUCCUCAGGUUUUUAUCAAAGCCAAUCAAAACCGCCGUUACCAGAUCAUGGUUCAGGUUCUUCUAUGGAUUAUAGAAUAAUGACUUCAAUGGCAAUGGAGAGGUUGUCUCAGAUGAAGCCUAGUGCUGGAAAUAAUUCUAAUCUUGUUCGACACAGUAGCUCACCUGCUGGUCUUUUCUCCAACAUAAACAUUGAAGUGGAAAAUGGCUAUGCUGUAAUAAGGGGCAUGGGAGAUUUUGGAACAGGUAGUGGAGAAACAUCUUAUUCAACAGCCGGUAGGCCACUUCCUUCGUCAGGGAGAAUGAGUCCAAUUGCUGAAAUUGGGAACAAAAACAGAGGGAAGAAUAACCCUGACAGUGCUGGUUUUGGUGAAACUCGCAGCAAUAAUUAUGUCACAGGUUUCCCCAUUGGAUCUUGGGAUGAUACAGCUGUGAUGUCUGCUGGUUUAAAAAGACUGACAGAUGAUGAUAGAACACUUUCUGGCCUGAAUGCAUCUGAAAAUGAGAGUGGAGAAGUGGGAAAUCAUCCUCCUAUGUUGGCUCAUCACUUGAGUUUGCCAAAAACUUCAGCUGAAUUGUCUGCAAUCGAGAAGUAUCUGCAAUUGCAAGAUUCUGUGCCUUGCAAGAUUCGAGCUAAGCGUGGAUGUGCCACUCAUCCAAGGAGCAUUGCCGAGAGGGUAAGAAGAACUCGAAUUAGCGAACGCAUGAGGAAACUACAAGAUCUUGUACCGAACAUGGAUAAGCAAACAAACACAUCAGACAUGUUGGAUUUGGCUGUUGACUACAUUAAAGACCUUCAGAGACAGGUCGAGACACUAUCAGAGAAUCGUUCGAAGUGUACGUGCGCAAGCAAGCAGCAACAGUCUUAGCAGAGAAUAUGCCCAAGUAUGACGUGUUUGUAUGUAUAGAUCGAGUAGCUAGAUAAUUAAUAAGAAUUUGCAGUAGUAGGCAUAUUACAUAAAAGCAAAUUAAGCAGGGUUAUCUUUUGCACUGAAAAAGAAGAAGAUACUAGUAAAGAAGUGACCUAUUUAAUGCGAGUGUGAUGGAAAAAAAAAGAAAAAAAAAGAAAAGGGGCUACUAAAAGCUAACUGUAAGAUCCAAUUCAAUUGUCCAAACUGGUUGCAGAAAUAGAAAAGAACAUAGCUGUAUAGUACUAGCUUAUUGCA